CGAGAAGCUGAAGACUAUGCUUUCGAAGCUAAACAUCACGUUUAUAUACUGCAAAAGUUCUUAUCAAAAGCACGUAGUUAUUUCCUACACGAAUUGAAAGAAACAAAGCAUUUGAUAAUGACAUUCAAAGAAAUAAAAUGCAUAUGUUUUUGUUUGGCAACAAAAGAUAAAGGUUAAAAAUAAAUUUCGAAAUCCUUAACUUGCGUUAACCCUAGAUAAAGCCUUGUUUUAGUAUAAAUAGUGGAUCGAUUCUUGGAAAACUCAUAGUCAAGUUCACUUCGACACAAACUACAAUGGCAGCCAAGCUGAUCCUCGUCCUCUGCGCUCAGGCGCUCUUCCUGCAGACUGCUUUCAGUCAAUGCCUUGGCCGUGGAGCCAUCGCUGCCCCAGUUUUGGCAGCUCCCAGCUGGGCUGGCUGUGGUGGCAACAACUAUGCUGGCAAUGGCCUUAUUGGCAAUGGUCUGAUUGGCAACGGUCUGAUUGGCAACGGCUACGCUGGCAAUGGAAUCAUCGGUAAUGGUUUGGCUGGACUCCAAAUCGCCCCCACCAGUGGUGGAUCUCUCCCUGUCUCUAGCUUGUCCUCCAUCGCUCCCACCGGUCUCGCCAUCAACUCAGACAAUGUGUAUGAGGGUGCUCUGUCCGUGGCUGGUGAGCUGCCGUUCAUAAGUGCUGUGGCUUUGGAGGGUGUCCUGCCAAGCGGCGGUGCUGGCGCCGUCAGCUACAGCUGCGGUAACGGUGUUACUGCUAUUGAGAGCAUCGCUCCUGCUGGUGCCUAUGGUGGUGCAGGUGCCUAUGGCGCUGCGUCUGCCUCAGGACUUGCUGCUGGCUAUGGGCUCGGCUCUGGUGCUAUCGGUCUUGCUGGCCGUGGUCUGGGCUAUGGAGCUCGCGGCUAUGGAGCUGGCGGCUGUGGAUGCAGACAAUACUAAAUUCAAUGAUGAUGAUGAUACUUACGAAUGACGACAAUCUUCUGCUUGAUGAAAUAAACUGA